AUGAAUCUUACGGAGGUUAACCAAACUGAUCAAUGCCUCAGGUUUUCCUGUCCAGAGAGAUCUGUAUCUGCUGUGUAUGUGUUUCUGUAUGUGUGUGCAGCUGCUGCUGUUCUGCUAACAGUGUGUGGAAAUCUGCUGAUCAUCAUCUCUGUUUGUCACUUCAAGCAGCUCCACACACCAACUAACAUGCUCAUCCUCUCUCUGGCUGUGUCAGACUUUCUGGUUGGAAUCCUUGUGAUGCCGACAGCAUUAACAUGGAUGAUCGAAUCAUGUUGGAUGUUUAGUUCAGUUUACUGUUUAUGUUAUAUAUACAGCUCCUAUUUUCUCACAGCAACAUCAAUAUUUGCUGUUGCUCUAAUCGCGGUUGAUCGGUAUUUUGCUCUCUCUAAUCCAUUUCUCUACACUAAAACAGUCUCUGUGAACACAUGGUGCAUUAUAGUUUUAUGUAACUGGGUUGUAUUGCUGUUUUACCACUUAGCACUUCAGUAUUUCAAUGGAUACUAUGCAAACCUGGUACUGUGCCCUGGAGACUGCUUUCUGGUCUUGGAUGAGGUCUGGUCUUUGACUGAGCUCCUGCUGAAAUUUGUUUUCCCAUUUGCUGUCAUAAUCAUACUAUAUGUCCUCGUUUUUGUUAUUGCAAGGAAACAUGCCACUGCCAUCAGAGAGCUUCAUAUUCACACCAGGACUCAGACAUCAAAGAAUAUAACAGAGUCGAUGAAAUCAGAGAGAAAAGCAGCUAAAGUACUUGGCAUUCUGGUGUCUGUGUUUCUGGCUUGUUUGCUUCCAUACUUUAUUUACACUGUGUUAGGUAAUGCAGUACAAAUUGAAAUGGGGUCAUUUCAAAAAGUCUUGAUGCUGGUUUAUCUUAAUUCUACUAUUAAUCCAGUUAUUUAUGCUUUGUUUUAUCCGUGGUUUAGGAGGUGUGUUAGGCUCACUUUAACUCUUCAAAUAUUCAACACAGAUUCUUCACUGAUGAAUGUCCUUUAA